AUGGAGUGGGCUGUCCGCUCCAUCCGCGCUGGCAAGCAUGUCUUACUCGAGAAACCAUCUGUCAGCACCGCAGCCGAAGCCGAGAUCCUUUUCAGCAUGCCGGAACUGUCUUUACCCAAUGCCCCUGUCUUGCUCGAAGGCUUCCACAACCGCUUUCACCCUGCCAUUCACCUCUUCAAAUCUUUCAUCACCCCCGCCGACGUCGUACACGUGCAUACUGAAGCCAUGGUGCCGUGGCUAAUGGUCAACAAGGAUAGCAUCGGACUCAACUACAGUCUCGGUGGUGGGUGUAUGAUGAUGUUAGGGACAUACAACUUUACCAUCCUGCGCAUGAUCUUUAACGCGGCGCCAGAAGAAUGUCUAGCCUGCGACACCCAUGUUCACGCUGAUGGCAUUCACGACAAGUGCGAUUAUGACUUUACAGCCACAUUUCGCUUUCCCAAUGGCGGCAUCGGCGAGGGUACGAAUACGUUCCAGGGCCCCCUUAUCUGGAAGCCCUCCACGGCCAGAGUGACGCACAAAGAGACAGUAGUUCUUGACAAAUUGCUCCCAGCGACCGAGGAGAAGAUGCUCACGCGAGAGGUAACGCUGCACGGCUUCAUGAAUGCCGUUAUCUGGCAUCGCAUCGACGUGAAGGACUCUUUUGUGAUCCGCUCCAAGGUGGAUGGCAAGCCUAUCAGGAAAUGGGUCGAAUCGAAGUCGCACAAGGCCUACACCUACAAGGAAGCCGGUGGCGAGUUCGCAGACCUGCCAGGUGAGGACUGGUGGAUGUCAUUUCGCUACGAGCUGGAGGAGUUUGUAAAUAAGGUCAAGGGCCGCAAGACACAGGAAGAAGAACGUAAAUAUUCUGUGUUCUGA